AUGCGUUGCGCGCCGGUAGUGGCUGUCGCCAUGAGCCUGGCGGUGGCCAACGCCUGGGUCAAAUCGCGCUGGGACCAUGCCAAGGCCUUUCAGAAGAUCGGCCAUGCAGAGCUCACGUGCGCGUCAACGACCCAGCCCGCCGGCUGCUGCUUGUGUUGGACGAUUGUGCACGACAUCGAAUCGCAGCUCAACCAAACCGAGAACGACCACCACAUGGAGGUCGUCUUUCGCAUCAGCGAAGAGAAGAAGCAAAUUCCGUACUCUCGCAGCGAGGGGCGCAUCCUCGAAGUGCUCGACACGGUGUGCGACGACGUGCAAGUGCCGAGCACCGGCACGCCCCAUCGGCGCUUGAAGUACGCCGUUGCCAACGCGUGCCACCACUUUGUCGACGAAUUCGCCGACGAGCUCACGACAGCGUUCUACAACAACCUCUCGCCCCAGCAAGACCCCGUCUGCGUGCACAAGCUGCGAGCGUGCGCUUUGUUGCCCAAGGACGAGCUCUAG